UUACCGCGCCCAUCCCUUGGUUUGAUGGCCGGACGACAACGGUGCAGCAACAGAAAGGCACACAUUUUCGGUCCGACUGGAAGAAGUGAAGUUGCGGCUACUUGUUAAAUGUGUACAAACGGUACAGAUUUUCUCAACUUUGUCGUUUGCUCUUCUGUUGUGCUCACGAGCACAUAGGGUUAUUUUGAGUGCAGGGCUAGUGGGUGUGAUCUUCCCCUCCCCUCCCGGUUGGCUGAGUGGGGUUGUGCAGCUCGCCAGCCCGUAGCCCAGGUUCGGGAAGGCUCCUGUGAAAACUAGCUGGCUGGCUAGUUUCUAAGCUAGCUCCUCGGUGCUCGUUGAUGCGUGGAUUAGAGGGAUACACCGUUUUCUUUUUCAGUCCAUGCCAAAAACAUAAAAACAAACGAAAAAUUAAAAAAGGUCACCAAGUGUUCCAGCAGCUGGAGUAAGGUAAUCAUACACGCUGAAAAUGAGUGAACUGGACCAGUUGCGCCAAGAGGCGGAGCAGCUCAAAAAUCAGAUCAGAGAUGCCAGGAAAGCAUGUGCAGAUGCUACAUUAUCACAGAUCACGGCCAAUAUUGAUCCUGUUGGUCGAAUUCAAAUGCGUACAAGAAGAACGCUAAGGGGACACCUGGCUAAAAUCUAUGCCAUGCAUUGGGGAACAGAUUCCAGGCUUUUGGUCAGUGCCUCCCAAGAUGGAAAACUUAUAAUUUGGGACAGCUAUACAACAAACAAAGUUCAUGCCAUUCCUCUUCGCUCUUCUUGGGUCAUGACUUGUGCAUACGCCCCAUCAGGAAAUUACGUAGCCUGUGGUGGUUUAGAUAACAUCUGCUCCAUUUACAACCUGAAAACUCGUGAGGGAAACGUGCGUGUCAGUCGUGAGCUGGCUGGGCACACAGGUUACCUUUCCUGCUGCCGUUUCCUUGAUGACAACCAGAUUGUUACAAGCUCUGGAGAUACAACCUGUGCUCUUUGGGACAUUGAGACUGGCCAGCAGACAACCACGUUUGCUGGACAUACAGGCGACGUUAUGAGCCUGUCUUUGGCUCCUGACACCAGACUAUUUGUCUCUGGUGCAUGCGAUGCAUCUGCUAAGCUAUGGGACGUCCGAGAGGGCAUGUGUAGACAGACAUUUACAGGCCAUGAGUCUGACAUUAAUGCCAUCUGUUUCUUCCCCAAUGGCAAUGCGUUUGCCACAGGCUCUGAUGAUGCUACCUGCAGACUCUUUGAUCUGCGUGCUGAUCAGGAACUGAUGAUCUAUUCUCAUGACAAUAUCAUCUGUGGCAUCACCUCUGUUGCAUUCUCCAAGAGUGGCCGACUCCUACUGGCCGGAUAUGAUGACUUCAACUGUAAUGUGUGGGACACACUAAAGGCAGACCGAGCAGGGGUCUUGGCUGGACAUGACAACCGUGUGAGCUGCCUGGGAGUUACUGAUGAUGGCAUGGCAGUUGCAACAGGAUCCUGGGACAGUUUUCUGAAGAUCUGGAAUUGAAAUCUGAAGAUGUUAUUUUACUCCAAAGUUGACUGGAAGACCAUUACAACAGAAUGUUAUAUUUCACAGCAUCUUCUUCAACACUGUUUAAACUGACUUGGGCACCGCGAAAACUAAGGGAAACCAAGGCCUUUCCUACACAAAGAAGAGCACAAUUGUUUAUCACUUAGCUAAAAAAGAAAAAAAAACAGGAUCUCCUGUGGUAUCAAAUCAGAAACUUGUGCAUUCCUUCUUGGACCGUUUAUGUUCCCUUGAAAGAAAACAACACUAUCAUCCCAUGCAAAUGUAGGUGUCUUGAAAGCAAAUGGAGUGUAAUUGUACAAAUUAUUUAACUUUUUUGUUUUUAAGAAUUAUUUUCUGAUGGUUGGUUCUUGAUGGCUUUCUUUUUGUCAUAUUUUCCUUGGUGGUUUAGAUAUGUCUGAAAUUAAAGCUUAUCUUUCUAAUCUAGUUUAAUCACGUAAGAAAGAUGAGAGGAAAACGCGCAGAAGCAAAUGCUUGAUCAGAUUUACACAAGCAGCUGCCAAAAUGUCCAUGAUGUAUUUAUAUACUAGCUGUUUUUGUUUCAUCACAGCUUUUUGCACAUAAAGCUUUGCCUCUCAACUAAUACUAUGUUAACUAACCAAGCACAUGCUAUAAGUUGUGAUGAAUGCUCAUUCCAGUACAAAAGGAGAUAUAAGUAACAGUCCAGUUAAUCCCCUUAAUUCUCAUACAUGCCUUUUUGACUUUGGGUGGGAAGAAAUGGGGUAGCAAGUUUGGGCAUGGCUGGUUUUGUUAUGGAUGGGUUGGGUGUGAGGGGGGGGGGGGGGCAGGUUGUGUUAAUAUAGUAUCCACUUUGAGUGAAACACCUCGCCUGAAUAAAUACACUUCCUUUGCUCGGGACUGCAGUUGCAACUCUGAAUGAAAUGUAUAAAGCAAUGUCUGAAAAUAGUGGUCUAAAGUUUUUAAGUUAAAACAUUCUGAUUUUAUCUGACAUGAGUUAAUUUAGAUGUGCAUGCUGUAGACUUGCUUUCAAUGGUGCAAAGAUCCUAGAUCUGCCGUUCUCAGCGGAGAGUAAUUGACUUUGUUUUAUCUUGACUGCAGCCAUUUUGGCGCAACUCUACAAACAUUUACAAAUACUGGUAAUGCUAUGCACCAGAGUGAACUAGAAUUGAGAAAGGAUUUAAUAUUGAUUGCAUACUUAGUGUAAAUUAUGCUACCAGUUCUAAUGAUGCCAUUUUUUUUUUUUAAAUAAAACAAUCAUUGAGAAUUUUUACCUUUUCACCAGUACUUCCUCUCCUUGAAUUGUCCACACUCAAUGGAACAAAAACAUCCUAACACACCUGUCCAUAUUGAACUUUCUUUGGACUCAUUUUUCCCCCUCAGUCUUAAGUCAGUAACCAUUGGAAAGAACAUUUCACUGUAAACAGAAGCACUUUUGUUAAAGUUGUGACAUGUUCAUUUUUCUUUUUACUGCUAUGUACAAUAUAUGUGAUGUAUCUGUGGCCACAAGUGAAGAUGCAAUUCAACUGAGAUGGAUUCCCUUUUCAUGAAUGAAAUAGAGCUCUGCACCCUUAUGUACCUUUUCACUUUUGUAUUUUAUUUCAGUCUGUUGGUGUUCCACGGUGAGCUGGAUGCAAGAUAGAUACUGUACUAAAUUGUACUGUUAUUGAACAUGUAAUAAAAAGCUGUUUGAGAUGUCA